AUGACACCGCGAGACGCCAAUGUUGCACCCACAAACCGACGACGACCGUCAUUAUCCUUUCGAAGACCCCGAACCGCGACCGUGUCGGCUAUCCCUACGACCCCUCGUGCAGGGACGGAACAUACCGUAUGGGACAAUUUGUCUCUCGUGGACUCCGGAGACACAAUGGACGAGCUAGUUUUCGAAGAUGUGAAUCACUUUCCCGAGCCGGCGCAUAGGCGGCGCGCAGCAAAGAGCUUCUCCAGUUUGCGCCACCCGGUUGAGGGACUGCGUGCGCUCGGUCGUCGCCUAUCAGUUACCAUGCGCAAUAAGUCAUCUCGCACAUUCAACGUUCCCCAUCAACUCGACCACAAACUUGGGACCUACAAUGCCAAUGGCAGUCAUGAAUAUGCCUCUAGUGCUUCGACCUUGCAAGGGGUUUCUAUUCCGCUACCUAUUCCUGGCAACGGAGUAGAGCCUCCUGUGCUGCCGGAUGGUAUGUACUCUGGGGCUGCUGCUCGAGCCGCCGCAGCGGCUCAAAACGAAAUGGUUCGCAAGAUGGAGUACAUGAAGCUGAACAUGAGCAACCAAGACUCGGAGAGUGGAAUUGGCAUUGAUCUCCAGGAUCCGUCGGAAUUGUCCGAUCUGGAACCGGACCUCGUUCGCCUCGAUCCUAUUGCUUUCUUCCCCACAGAGAUUAUUGGUCAAGUGCUAUCCCAUCUUGAGCCGGAAUCUUUGUUGAACUGUGAAUUGGUGUCUCGUGAUUGGAGGGAGCAGGCUUCUUCCAAGCACGUUUGGCGCCAUGUCUUUCGUCGUUGUUACGCACAACAGCGCUCCGCAGGUUCUCGUCCCCAGAAACACCUUGCUGCGGGGUUGGGCAAGUCUAUGUUUCAGCAGGAAUGGAAGAAAUUGUAUCUCGUCCGUCGUGCUUUGGAUCAGCGGUGGAAGGAUGGCAAGGCGGCGGCCAUUUACCUUCAAGGUCAUACAGACAGCGUCUACUGCGUUCAGUUUGAUGAGGACAAAAUCAUUACCGGCUCGCGUGAUCGGACCAUCCGCGUCUGGGAUGCUCACUAUCCGUGGCCUUGCCGCAAGAUCAUAGGGCCACCGCCAGGAGAUGUCUCCAACAGUGGCCCUGUCCAUGACCCUGAGCAACAGUCAUCGGGCAAGUCGCCAUUUCUUACCAUUCGCCCUCCCCCAACUCGUUCUGCUGAGAUUGUGGACUUGGGUGCACGACCACACGAUUAUCACAGCGCUUCCAUUUUGUGUCUUCAGUUUGACGACGAGAUCAUGGUCACUGGCUCCUCUGAUUAUUCUUGCAUUGUUUGGGACAUCAAGGAUGAUUACCGACCAAUUCAUCGCCUUGAAGGCCACACAGCGGGAGUGUUGGACGUUUGCUUUGAUGAUCGCUACAUUGUCUCCUGCUCAAAAGAUCACGCGAUCUGCGUCUGGGAUCGACGCACUGGGGCCCUGGUGAAGAAGCUCCUCGGUCACCGUGGGCCAGUCAAUGCCGUUCAGCUACGUGGUGAUCUCAUUGUCUCUGCGAGCGGAGACGGAAUCGCCAAGCUGUGGAACGUCGCUUCCGGUAUGUGUGUCAAGGAGUUUACCAGCAAAGACAGAGGCCUCGCGUGCGUCGAGUUUAGCGAUGACGCCCGGACUGUGCUCACUGGUGGAAACGACCAGAUGAUCUACCAGUUCGACGCAAACACCGGCGAGUUGGUCAAGGAGAUUGAAGGGCAUAGUGGCCUGGUGCGGUCACUGCACCUCGAUACCGCCAACCAGCGGAUCGUCAGCGGAAGCUACGACUUGAGCGUCAAGGUCUUUGACUCUCAAAGUGGAGAGCUGUCCAUUGAUUUUCCGGGAUGGACUACAAGUUGGAUGUUGAGUGUAAAGUCCGACUAUCGGCGCAUUGUAGCCACUAGCCAGGACUCUCGCGCGGUGAUCAUGGACUUUGGAUAUGGAAUAGACGGCAUUGAUUUACUGGAAGGGUAG